CCUCUUAGUUUGUAAUUAAAGUUCUAUAAAUGAGCUCUCAUUACUUGACUGGAAAGAUGAUGCAUCACCAGUUUGUCUCUGAGGAUGAAGAUUAAAGUCGACGCCAUGGUGUAUGUACUGCUAUUCUUUGGGAUCUUCAUACUAGGAACACCUGCGGCAGCCUCUUGCCCAUCUGAAGAGAGGUUUUGCACGAAAAAAAUGGACAUUACUACAAAAUCGGACUUUGUAAUGUCCUAUAAUCCAAUCCUAUGCGAUGCUAAAACUGGCGAAUAUAGAUGGAUUGUUAUACAGAGUCGUUUUCUAAAGGACACCAACUUCAACAGGAACUGGACUGACUACAAGAACGGCUUCGGAACACCUUGUAAAACAGACUUUUGGAUUGGUAAUGAGAUGAUUUACCAGAUCACUUCUAUGGGUGAAUUCCAGCUGAGAAUAGAUCUAACUUUCCUAGGAAAUGCGUAUUACGGUACAUACAAUAACUUCAAAGUCGACAGUGAAAAAAACAAUUAUAAAAUGAGCUUUGGCACAUACAGCGGAAAUGUUUCCGACGACUUUUCGGCUCACAACAAUAUGAUGUUCAGCACUCCAGACAGAGACAAUGACUCUGACGAAAAACGCUUCUGUGCGCAGAUCUAUGGAUCAGGGUGGUGGUAUGCAGAUUGUCACAAUGUGCACCUGAACGGUCAAUUUGACUCCCCGACAUUAGGCACUAGAGUCACCUGGUUUAGCAUAUCUUCCAACUGGCACUCGCUUAAUUCCACUGAAAUGAAAAUCAGGAGGGUGAAAUAAAUACAAAUAAAUGUAAUGAGCUAGUCUAUAAAGUAUAAUAUUUUAGAUUGACGAAAAUUAUUUUUUUAAAUAUUUUUUGUUAAGGUUAAUUUAAUAUUUUAUUUUUAAUAAAUGUAAAAAAAAAAGCAUUUUUAUUUUACAAAAGAGAAACAGUUUGUCCAAAAAUUA